UCUGCAUAUGUCAUAAAAGAAAAAAAAAAUGAUAACGUUAACAUAAAAAUUCUAUUUGUUUACUGCAAAAACAGAAAAAAUCACCACAAAAAUCCACAAAAUCAAAUGUUAAAUUAAUAUUUUUUCAAUUCAAAAUCAAUAAAUAAAAUCUUAAACAUGGAGAUGGCUAAAUCAAUUUUUGGUUCCCGUGACCAUGACGGCUAUGUUGGUCGAGAAGAACAUGCUAAAAAACUCCAAUUCAAUUAUUCUGAAGAAGACAACGAUUUACCUGAUUUAAUUGAUGAAUUAAGUGUUGUCGAUGGCUUGCGACCGAAUCCCGGAGGACCUUUCUCCGCACUCACUCCAUCGAUGUGGCCACAAGAAAUCCUCGCCAAGCUGGGCCAGCCAGAAUGUGAAGCUGGACCUAACGACCAGCCGGACUAUCGCUUUGACGAGUUCGGUUUCAGAGUGGAAGAAGAGGACGGUCCCGAACAGAGUUCAAAGAAAUUACUUGGCAUUCCAUUUGUUGAGAAUGCAGAACAAAGAAAACAAUGGAUUGCUCACUUGGAAUUUUCCCACAAUAAAGAAGCUUGUGAAUUGACGUGGGAAAAUGUCGACGUUGUUCUGCCUCGAACAGAAAAACUGCGACAAAUGGUCCGCGAUGGAAUUCCUCAUUCUUUACGUCCACAAAUGUGGAUGAGGCUCUCUGGAGCCUUGCAAAAGAAAUUAAAAACCGAGACAUCCUAUCAAGAGAUCAUCAAAGCUUCUGGCAAUGACGCCCUUAUGACAUCCAAACAGAUUGAAAAAGAUUUGCUGCGGAUUCUUCCCACCAAUGCGUGUUUCAGCAAUCCUCAUGGAACUGGGAUUCCCAGAUUACGGCGAAUUCUGCGAGGCAUCGCCUGGCUUUUUCCCGACAUUGGUUAUUGCCAGGGAACAGGAGUUAUUGCUGCCUGCUUGCUUCUGUUUAUGGAAGAGGAAAACGCUUUCUGGAUGAUGGCGACGAUUGUGGAAGAUCUUCUUCCAGCAUCGUACUAUUCGUCUACUCUUUUAGGAAUCCAGGCCGACCAGCGGGUGAUGCAAACACUAAUCGCCAAUUACCUGGCAUCGGUUGAUGAGACUUUGAAAAAACAUGACAUUGAACUUUCGCUCAUAACACUGCACUGGUUUUUGACACUAUUCGCCAAUGUUGUCCAUAUGAAAAUCCUCGUCCGGAUUUGGGAUUGGUUUUUCUAUGAAGGUUCAAUUGUUUUAUUUCAGCUGACACUGGGAAUGUUGCGAAUCAAAACUGAAGAUUUGCAGCAUUUGGAAAAUUCUGCACAAAUCUUCAAUUCAUUGUCAGAUAUUCCUGGAGAAGUUGACGAUGUCGAGGUGCUAUUUGCCAAUGCACUUGAAGUUGGAGGCUCUCUCAGCCAGACUGUAAUCGAUACCCAUCGUCGGCGUCAUUUAGCCUACCUUAUGGCCGAUCAAGGGGGCUUGGUUGGUAAUCCGGAGGCAGUUCCAAAUCUACCAAAACAACAGCUCGCAAGACGACAGGUUAAACGAACCAAGUCUAUGUUUCAAACUUUGCUGUUUCGAGGUGGUGAAGACAACGAACCUGAUGAGCUCAAGAACAAAAACAUUCGGCAGACGGAAAUCCUGGUCGAUCUGCGUGAAGCUAUUUUAAAAGUAGCUCGUCAUUUUCUUACCAUCGAGCCGAAAUUACAAGCGCACAUACGUCUAACUGCCGAGUACAGCAGCGACAGUCAUGCCAAGGAUCAUGAAAACUUUAUAAAUGUCGCAAGAACCCGCAAACGACGGGCUAAAGCUCUGCAUGACUUUGAAAGGCAUGACGAUGAUGAGUUGGGAUUCCGCAAAAACGACAUCAUUACAAUCAUCAGCCAGAAGGACGAGCAUUGUUGGGUGGGAGAGCUAAACGGUUUGCGAGGUUGGUUUCCGGCAAAGUUUGUUGAACUACUUGAUGAACGCAGCAAACAGUAUACCUCAGCGGGUGAUGAUGCGAUAUCAGAAACUGUCACGGACCUGGUGAGAGGCACCCUUGCACCAGCAAUAAAGCAAGUCCUUGAGCAUGGCAUGAAGAGGCCAACAUUUCUCGGUGGACCUUGUCAUCCGUGGUUGUUUAUAGAAGAAGCUGCCACCCGUGAGGUGGAGAAAGAUUUCGAUUCUGUCUACAGCCGAUUGGUGCUAUGUAAAACCUAUCGAUUGGAUGAGGACGGCAAAGUCCUCACCCCUGAAGAGCUACUAUAUCGAUGCGUUCAAGCUGUCAAUCAAAGCCAUGAUGAUGCUCACGCUCAGAUGGACGUUAAGUUGCGUAGUCUCAUUUGCUUGGGUCUCAAUGAACAGGUUUUACAUUUAUGGCUGGAGGUGCUAUGUUCUUGUGUGGAAAUCGUCCAAAAAUGGUAUCACACUUGGAGUUUUGUUUAUUCGCCCGGUUGGGUGCAGAUAAAAUGCGAACUAAGAAUUCUUUCGCAAUUUGCAUUUAACUUGAAUCCGGAUUGGGAGUUGCCACCAAAGCGAGGUAAGGAAAGCCAACCGCUGAAAGAUGGAGUUCGCGAUAUGCUUGUUAAGCAUCAUCUCUUCUCAUGGGACCUAUGAAGGGCUCAAUAGUAAUAGAUGAGCAACAGGUAGACAGCAGGUGAUAGCUUUUUGUUUUAUUAACAUUCCCCUAUUUAAACAAAAAAAAAAUAUUUAACGAAAAACGAAAAAAAAAAUUAUCUAAUUAAUAACUUGUGUGUAUGUAUAUGUGGUUUUUUGAUUCUCAAUUUUUAAUCCCUGUGCCUGUUUGUUUAAUUUUUCUUGCUAAUAACUUAUGACAUAAAUAGCUAUUAAUUGUUAAACUUAUUUAGAAAAAAAAAUAAUAUUUACAUUAGAUUAUUCCGUUAUCUGUAUGAUUGUUGAUAAUAUUUUGCCACUUAACAUUGAGUUUUCUAAAAUUCUAAACUAACUGCAGUCUGUAAUCAAUCAAUUUUGCCCACCUCUUGAUCUCUUAUUUUCCCACAAGAUAGACUAACGACACCAUAAAUAUUUGUCGUAUUUAAGCUUUUGGAUACAAACACUCAUCGGGCUAGUUCGUCUGUGUUCAUCACCUUCAUACAACCAACCCAAUAAUUGUUCAGGUAUAAACGUUUUCAUGAUGAUAUUCGAGUUACGGCAAACAAAAAAAGAAAUACUUUAUCGUCUGCAAUUUUAGUGAUUAUUGAAUUUACGGAAAUCAAACCAUCGUCGAAACGAUAUCGUUUAUGGAUAAUUGAGUAACGUAAUGACCCCCCAAACAUUGGCAAGGACUUCUGAGUAUCAUUGUCAUGAAAAAUUGUAUCUCUUCUUUGGACUAGGCUGUAAAUUUAAGGCCUUUUCCAUCCUGCAAAUUAAUUACCCGCACCCAAAAAUGGUUGAGAUUUGUAUGUCACUAAGCCUUACUCCUUCAUUAGGAUCGUCGUUCCACAAAUGUAUUUAUGAAAAUAAAUGAAAACUGCAUUGUGUCUGUUUUCGUUUCCCAUAUUAUAAUAAAAAAAAAUGUGCCAUAAACUGGGUUUUAAGAAAAUAUAACUUCGGUCUUUAAUGAAAAAUAAAUGUAGUGCUCUAAUCUACAGUUACAGAUGUACGAUAGCAAUAAAAUCCAUGGUAAGACCGAAAACUAAGUUUUUGUUUAAACGACUCCACCAAGUUAAAAAAAUCUAAACACAUAAAAAAGAACGACUCAAUGUAAAGCGCCUGAAGAAUUAGAUCGAAUUUUUUUGAUUUUUUUUUUUAAGCAAAAAGUCUGUUAUUAAAAGUGUUUUUUCAGUGUAAAAAAAUCACAACUACAAACAAAAAUGCCUCCAUCGAAAAACUUUUAUUACGUAGAAUCCUCAAAAUUAAUCAAAAUUUAACUAACUGAUUUUUUCUUUUUUUUAAUACAUCAU